CAACGCCUCCCUUCCUUCUUCAUCAACCUUCGCUAACUCUUUAAUUCAUUCUUCCUCUUUUUUUCGGUUCUCUGUGUUUUGAGGCCGUUUACUCCUUCCAGUCACUCUUUUGAACUAGAACGCUCUUAUCCCUCUACGAGAGGCGAAUUGAUUGAAAAAAGGGGUGCAACUCACAUUCCUGCGCUCCCGAUCCUCCAUCUUCAACUCUUCAACUUGAUUCUCGUCCUUCCUUUGACAAACUCGUUAUUUUUCGCAUAGCACAAUGAAGUUCUCCGCUGCCCUCGUCGCUGCGGCGGCCACGGCUGCCAACGCCAAGCUGCAGCCCAUCGUCAUGAAGGGCUCCAAGCUCUUCUACGAAAACGGUACCGAAUUCUUCAUGAAGGGUGUUGCCUACCAGCAGGACACCGCCGCCGCUGGCGCGACCAACACCAAGAAGGACAGCUACAUUGACCCCCUUGCCGACGUCACCAGCUGCAAGCGCGAUGUUCCUCUCCUCAAGGAGCUCGGUACCAACACCAUCCGAACCUACGCCAUCAACCCCAAGGAGGACCAUACCGAGUGCAUGGAGCUCCUCGAUGCUGCCGGCAUCUACGUCAUCUCCGAUCUGAGCGAGCCCAGCCUCUCCAUCAACCGUGAUGACGCCCAGUGGAACGUCGACCUGUACGAGCGCUACACCGCGGUCGUUGACGAGCUCGCCAAGUACGACAACGUUAUCGGUUUCUUCGCCGGUAACGAGGUGUCCAACAACAAGUCCAACACUGAGGCCUCCGCCUUCGUCAAGGCCGCCGUCCGUGAUACCAAGGCCCACAUCAAGAAGACUCACAGCCGCUGGCUCGGUGUCGGCUACGCCGCCAACGAUGAUGUCGACAUCCGUGAGGAUAUUGCCGACUACUUCAACUGUGGUAAGGAUGAGGAGCGCAUUGACUACUGGGGUUACAACAUCUACUCGUGGUGCGGCAAGAGCGACAUGCAGAAGUCCGGUUAUGCCGACCAGGUCAAGUUCUUCAAGGAGUACAACGUCCCCGUCUUCUUCGCCGAGUAUGGUUGCAACGAGCCCGAUGGUGCUGCUGGCCGUAUCUUUGAGGAGACCACUGCUCUGUACAGCGACGAGAUGACUGGUGUCUUCAGCGGUGGUAUCGUUUACAUGUACUUCCAGGAGGACAACGACUACGGUCUGGUCAAGGUCAACAACGGCAAGGUUACCAAGCUUAAGGACUUCAACGCCCUCAAGACCAAGGUCACCGCCGCCCGCCCCAACGGUGUCGAGGCCGACGAGUACAAGCCCUCUGGCUCUGCUGCCACCUGCCCCAAGCUGUCCGAGACCUGGAACGCCAACAGCGUCCUCCCCCGCACCCCUGACUCCACCCUCUGCGACUGCAUGGUCGCCUCUCGCGAGUGUGUCCCCGCCAAGGGUCUUAAGGAGAAGAGCUACGGCGAGAUCUUCGGCUACAUCUGCGGUGAGAAGCCUGAGCUCUGCAAGGGUAUCCAGGCCAACGCCUCCACCGGUGUCUACGGCGCCUACAGCAUGUGCGGCGAGGCCGACAAGCUCGCCUACGUCCUUGACGCCUACUACCAGGACCUCGACAAGGCUUCCACCGCCUGUGACUUCGAUGGCUCUGCCACCACCCAGAAGGCCGCCUCCGAGUCCUCUUGCAAGUCUGCCCUCGCCUCCGCCAGCUCCAUCAACGCUGAGGUCGCCACUGCCACCGCUGCCUCCGGUGCCGCUUCCACCAGCGGCUCCGACUCCUCGGACGACGACAGCUUCGGCAUCCACUCGGCCUCCAUUGCCCGCGUCUUCUCCCUGGGCGACUUCGCCGUCGGCGCCUACGUGGCCGUCGCCGGUGUUGUCGGUGCCGGCAUGGUCCUCCUGUAAAAGAUGGACCCCAAGGAAUUGGAUUCUGGGUUUUUUGUUGAGUCAAUGAAUCAAGUUUUUUUGCCGUUGCUUAUUUCUGGACCCGUGCGUAUUUUUUCCCAAUGGUGUGGUUUUUCUUGUAUCUGCAUCGCCGGUGUUGCAUGGCUCCCAUUGUGAUAGAACGAGGUACCUAGAUGUUAAUGCCACGUUUGCUUGCGAUGCUUAUUUGUCG